AUGAGCGCGUGGUGGAAUUUCCUCAGGCACCCGCUUUGGGCCGCGUGCACUCUAGUGCUCGCGCUCGUGGUGCGCGUGCAGAGGACUAGGCGAUGGGACCCGCGCACGUGCCCCGUGAACCUGCGCGGGAAGACGGCCAUCGUGACGGGUGCAAACACAGGUAUCGGGUUCCAAAUCGCUCUGGACCUGGCUCGCCGGGGGGCUCGGGUCAUCCUGGCAUGCCGGUCUCUGGAGAGAGGGCGUGCUGCUCGAGACCAGAUCCAAGUCCAGACCGGGAACCACCAGGUCCUGCUCCGGAUCCUGGACCUCGCAUCCUUGCACUCGAUCAGGGAAUUUGCCCAAAAGAUACACGAGGAGGAGCCAGAGCUGCACCUGCUUGUCAACAACGCCGGAGUGUCAGGUAUGCCUAAAAAUAUGUCAGAAGAUGGUUUUGACUUGACGUUUGCCAUCAACCACCUGGGCCCCUUCUACCUGACAAACCUCCUGCUGGACCUGUUGAAGUGCGGUGCCCCGUCUCGCAUCGUCAUCUUGUCAUCAUCCAGUCACAGCAGGGGACAGGUGGACUUCAGACACUUCAGGGGAGAGCAUCUGGUUCACAAAUCUGACAGCGUCUACUGCCACACCAAGCUCCACAACAUCCUCUGGAGCAACGAGCUAGCACGAAGACUACAGGGCACAGGUGUGUCAGUGAACAGUGUGCACCCCGGGGUGGUGAUGACAGAGGUGAUGAGAUAUCACUCGUUCAGACUGCAGCUGAUCUUCAAAACCCUGGGAUUUUUCUUCUUCAAGACACCAGAGGAGGGCGCUGUGGCUCCCUUGUUCUGUGCCGUAUCAGAGGAAAUGGAAGGUGUCAGUGGGAAGUACAUCGACAGUGAUCUCAACAUGACCCUCCCCUCAACCAUCGCCAGAGACUCCGCCCUCGGACAAGACGGAUACGAGUACUGCCUGAAACUCACCUCCAACCUCUGAAAACCUGGACUGAAACUUGAGUGAACCAGGACUG